AUCUGUUGGUCUGUCGAUUAUCAAUGUGAAUCUGUCAUUACGCUGUAAGGAUGUGUAAAUGUAGACUACAAGAGGAGGUUAUGGAAGAGUAAUGAAAAAGGCAGAGUGCUAUUUCAGACUUAAGAAUGGAAGUUGGGAAAGUAGUAAAUCAUGAGAAUGACAAGUUUGGAUCCCUUGUAUUAUCGACAUGGUUGGGAAACUUUUCUGUAAACGUACAAGAGAAUCAGGGCAUAUACUUGAUUAUAGUUUGUUUGUUCUUGACUGUCAUCGUUGGUUGUGCAAUGAUGCUUGCUCGAAAGUGGAAGAACAAAGAAUUCUUGCCAGAAGUAAAAGAAUUUGUCGGUGUUGGAUCAACAAGACCUCGUUUUAGAAAAAGGGACAAAGUGCUGUUUUAUGGUCGCAAGAUGCUGCGGAAGGUGAAAUCAAUAUCAGUCCAAGUUCAUGGAGGUCAAGGCAAGAAACGUAAAAUAAUGAUGAGAUUUGCUAGAAGAUUGCUGCAAAUUAAAAAGGAUUCAACUCCUGUACAACUUACGGUGUUGGAACCCCCAGCAGAAUACUUAGAGGAAGAUAUCACAAGUAAAGAUGAUCAGAGGGUUCCUCCUGAUGCCCUUUACAUGCUUCAGAGCAUCAGUUUUAUUUUCAGAGUGUUUGGACAUUUUGAGAAACCAGUGUUCCUGAAACUCUGCAAACAUACAGAAAUAAUUAAUCUACCUGCGGGAUCCUAUCUUUUUAAAAUCGGUGAUCCUGAUGAAAAUGUGUAUGUGAUUCAGAAUGGUAAAGUGAACGUGUUUAUUACUGGAUCAGAUGGUACUGCAAUUUCUUUGAAAUGUGUGAAAACAGGUGAAUCAGUCACAUCACUUCUUAGCUUCACAGAUGUGCUCACAGGGCAUACCAAUCCAUACAAAACUGUGUCUGCUCGAGCUGUGGAGGACUCAACAGUGGUUCGACUUCCCAUGGCAGCAUUCCAAGAUGUUUUUCAAGAAUACCCGGAUAUUUUUAUCAGAGUGGUUCAAGUCAUUAUGGUCCGAUUGCAAAGGGUGACAUUUACAGCACUUCAUCAGUAUCUGGGACUCUCUACAGAGCUUAUGAAUCCUGGCACUCAGCGAAAUAAAAAGCAGAGUCCAUUUGCUGGGUCUCCUGUGAGAUCCAGACCAAGAGAUAUCAUACCAAAAGAAGACAGCAACAUUCCCAUAGCUGCAUGCGAAGACUUGGUGUCUGGAGCUUCGCCUUCAGACCAUGUUGAUUUUGUGCCUUCAGUGUCCAAUAUGCAUCAUUCUUUCCAUUCAUUAUAUCGUGGUAGAGCAAAAUCUCUCUUGGAUAUGAAAUUCGUACAACCACAGUCCCAUCCACAACCAGACAUGCUUCCAGAAUUUGAUCAUCAACAGCAAACCCCACCUCAGGCUCCUGAUGUACAGCCUAAUACAAAGCGAAGAAUUUCUACCAUGCCAGAACCAGUAGAUGAAGAAACCUUAAUACGGAUUGCCACAGAAACAUUUGUGAAAGAACUUGGACUUGAAGAUGACACUGUACUUGGAGGAAAGGUGGAAAUCCGUGAGGUACCCACUGGAACAUACCUUAUGAAAGAAGAAUCCCACAAAGAUGUAGCUUUAAUUUACGUGUUGUCUGGGACACUCGUUGUCUCUCAGAAGAUAGCAGAUACUGGCCAAGAAGUAACAAUGUUUGUUGCCCAUCCUGGGGAAAUUGUGGGUGGUUUAGCUGUCCUCACUGGAGAACCAAGUUUCUUUUCUAUUAGAGCAAAACAUGCAUCAAGAAUAGCUAUGAUUUCCAAGACUACAUUCUAUAGCAUUAUGCGAGACAGGCCACAGGUAGUAUUGCACAUAGCUCACACAGUUGUAAGAAGGUUGUCACCAUUUGUGCGUCAAGUUGACUUUGCUCUGGACUGGGUGUUUGUCGAAAGUGGACGAGCUGUUUAUAGGCAAGGAGAUGAAUCUGAUAGUACUUUUAUUGUUCUGAGUGGCCGACUGAGAUCUGUUAUUACGCAGAGUAAUGGAAAGAAAGAGCUGGUCGGUGAAUAUGGCAAAGGAGAUUUGGUGGGAAUUGUUGAGAUGGUGACUCAGACCCCUAGAAGCACUACUGUUAUGGCUGUGAGAGACUCUGAGCUAGCAAAACUGCCAGAAGGGUUGUUUAAUGCUAUCAAACUUCGAUUUCCAAUUGUGGUUACUAGACUCAUUAAUCUUCUUGGUCAUAGGAUUCUAGGUUCUUGGCAGCAACCAAACCUCAAACAUACUAUGGAUGCACCACCUUCACAAGGCAAUUUCUCUACAGUCGCAAUUGUUCCGAUAUCAGAUGAAGUUCCUCUCACGGCUUUUACAUACGAAUUGUACCACUCACUGUGUGCUAUAGGUUCUACUCUACGUCUGACAUCAGAUGUAAUACGAAAAUCCUUGGGAUCAUCUAUUCUUGAUCCAAAUAAUGAAUAUCGUCUUACAUCAUGGCUGGCUCAACAAGAAGAUCAGCACAAGAUUGCACUCUAUCAGUGUGAUAUGAGCUUCACACCGUGGACUCAGCGCUGUGUUCGUCAGGCUGAUUGCAUAUUGAUUGUUGGUUUGGCAGAUAAAGGACCUGGUAUUGGCAAGAUUGAAAAAGAGGUGGAACGGUUGACAAUACGUACUCAUAAGGAACUAGUAUUGUUGCAUCGUGAGGGAGCUGAUCAACCAAAGAACACAGUAGCCUGGCUAAACAACAGGAGUUGGGUCUCUACACAUCAUCAUAUACAGUGCAGCAAGAGAAUGUUCAUCAGGCGAUCUCAAUAUAGAAUAAAUGAAUUAUAUAUGAAAGUGCUCAUGUGUGAACCAAAUAUCCACUCAGAUUUCUCACGUUUGGCAAGAUGGCUCAGUGGUAUGUCUGUAGGACUGGUCCUUGGUGGGGGAGGUGCCAGAGGAGCUGCACAUGUAGGCAUGAUUAAAGCUAUUCAGGAGGCUGGCAUUCCUAUUGACAUGGUAGGUGGUGUGAGCAUUGGUGCCUUCAUGGGAGCAUUAUGGUGUGCAGAGAAAAAUGUUACAACUAUGACACAGAAAGCUCGUGAAUGGUCAAAGAAAUUAACUCAGUGGUGGCGUCAGCUCCUGGAUUUGACUUAUCCUAUAACAUCAAUGUUUUCUGGAAGGGAUUUCAAUCAAACUAUCUUCAGCACAUUUGGGGAUACACACAUUGAAGAUCUAUGGCUCCCUUAUUUCACAGUAACCACAGACAUUACAGCCAGCUCCAUGCGUGUCCAUACUCAUGGCUCAUUGUGGCGGUAUAUACGAGCAUCAAUGUCACUGUCAGGCUACAUGCCACCAUUGUGUGAUCCAACUGAUGGACAUCUUUUGUUGGAUGGUGGAUAUGUCAACAAUCUACCAGGUUCAUUGUGGUGUUAUGUGCGCUCCAGUAUGACGAUAGCAGGGAUAUUUCCACCCUUCUGUGAUCCUAGAGAUGGACAUUUACUCGUAGAUGGUUGCUAUGUCAACAACGUGCCAGCGGAUGUGAUGCGAAGCCAUGGAGCAAAGCACAUCCUUGCAAUUGAUGUUGGUUCCCAGGAUGACACGGACCUUACCAACUAUGGUGACUGUCUGUCAGGCUGGUGGUUGCUUUGGAAACGCUGGAAUCCAUUUGCAUCACCUGUAAAAGUACCUAACCUGCCUGAUAUUCAGUCUCGACUUGCAUAUGUAUCCUGUGUCCGUCAGUUAGAGGAAGUAAAGAAUAGUGAUUACUGUGAAUAUAUCAGACCACCAAUUGACAAAUAUAAGACAUUGCAGUUUGGCAGUUUUGAUGAAAUCAAGGAGGUUGGGUAUAACCAUGGGAAGACAUACUUUGCAGGACUGCUCAAGGCUGGCCUGCUGCCCAUUUUCAAACCAGAACAAGGAAAGUCAUAUCACCCACAUGAGUCAUCUUGCUAUACUUUCACUGAUCUAGCACAGAUGGUAUGCAAGGUGGCUCGCAAUCAGUACAUGGAUGAGUCAGAUUCAGAGGAGGAGUAUGAAGCUGAUGAAGAAGAUGCUCAAGAAGUGGGGUAUGUUUCAGAGCCAGCAGUGGGAGUGUCCGAUAAUGAAAAAACUUCAGUGCACAGAAGACGAGUAGGGGGAUCCCUGUCUCUGUCAGAAAAUGAGCUGGAGUCAGAGAGUGUAUACACCACAAAACAUAGCAGAAACAACAUUAGUUAGUGGAUAUGAAUUGCAUUCAUCAUGAUAAUCCAUGUUUACACAAAAUACACAUGCCUUUGUAAUUAAUAACAGAGCUGAAAUAGAUGUCAGUUUGUACAUAUUCUGGGAUAAUAUUUUUUCUUAGGUUUAAGCACUUUUCUUAUAAAACAGUUAAUUUAGAGCACUGUAGUGCUGUCUCAAAGCAGAAUUUGCAAGCAUAGAAUAAUUAGAUUGUCUUUAUGUGAAAGUACAAAAUGGUGAUGAAGACAGUUGAGAAAGAGAAUGCACAUCCAUUCUGGUAUGCUACCAAUACUGCAUGGUGCAACAUUUUGAUCAUUAAGCUGAUUAUUUUAAUCGCUUAAUGCUAUGAAAAGACUAUUCUAGAAAGCUGCUGAAUUCCUCACUUCAACAGUUGAUUAUGAUGAUAUUGAUAUGUUAGUUCUAAUCAAAGUAUUGUACAACAUUCAGUAGUUGAGAAAUCAAAGUGAGUUUUAAUAAUAUUUUUACUGUACCAGGUGCUGGAAAUAAACCAGUACCACAUUUCUUCUUGCCAUGUUUUGCUCAAAAAUAUAAAUUAAUAUAAUUCCAAUCACUUAAAAAUUCCUUCUGUGAUUGUUAUCAUUUGUGUUUAAUGAAAUGGCCAUUUAAAAGGCAUGGUCAUCCGCAUUAUAUUCAGAAGGAGCUCUUUUUUCUUUCUCAGGCUGACAAAUUUGCAUAAAGAAUGACAUGCAAUGAGGAAGACAGUGUUAUCUCAAACAGCAGUGCUACACACCUGAUGAAGAAAACACUGGCUGGGACCUUAGGUCACAGCUAGAGUGUGAGGUUUGGACCAUAGCACUGAAAUAUAUUUAAUUUAAGUUAUUUUGAAAAAGACAUUAUUUUGAUUAUUUGAAAUUAUCAGCAAAACUGUAAAAGACCAGCACAUAAUAAAAAAAUUAUGAAUCUUCAAAUUUAAGGAAUACAUUGUCCACUGAGAAACCUUAGGUUAAUGUGGAUCCAGUUUAUGGGACAUAUUUACUGUCUCCACCUUCAAGACAAAGUCUAUGUGCUUCAUCACACAGAAACAGGGUCCUCAUUAACACUGAACUGCCAUGAAAGCAUGAAAUCUAUAGCAAAGCUUUGUUGGUAUUAUUACUGAGGGUUGUACACAGAAACCCCUAUGUGUGAUAUGCUGCUUAUUUCUAGUCAGUAAGAUGAUACAUGACUGAGAGCUGCAUUUGUAUGAAGAGAAAUUAUGUACAUUUAAUUAUGGGAAGUAUAUUGUAAUUUAAUAUCAGUUCACAUUUUGGUUACUAUCAGCAGUGUAAAUGAGAACUCUAAGUUUACGCAAUGAAACUGGUUUAUAUUAUAUAUCUUUUAAUUAUACAUCUUUUUACUGGUUUAACAUUAAAUUGUGCAAUAUGUAGAAAAUAUAUCUGAAAUGAAAGUACAGUUACAUCUCAAUGAACAAUCAGUAAAUUAAAUUAAAACUGGAAACUGCUGUAACAUUUGUUGCCAUAUUAAAAUUGAGAGCUCAGAAUUUAUAGAUUACAAAAUGAAUAGUAAAUUGCAUGAAUGACAUUUACAGACUUCACCAAAACUAUGAAUAUAGCAAAUGGUGUAGUACCCUCAUAAUUUUUAUUUGAAGAGUUUGCUUUGCAUUAGUUUCUUUGUACAUGUAUGUCUAAGAGGAAUGUAUAUUUUUCAUAUUUUAUCAGUGUCUCAGGGUUAAUAUAAAAUAAUAGAGGUACAACAGUGUGUUUGAGUUUAGCUAUAGUAUUCUAAUGAGCGACACUGUUGGAUUAUCCUCAUGUACAUUGACAUGUAGUUUUCUCAUCUCUAUUGCAACAUGUAUAUUAAUUAUGGACAUUGUGCAUUUUGUAUAAUUGUCUCUGAAGCUCGGAAUGCCAAGAAAUUUGAGAAAUGAGAGUAACUGAAUGUAACAGAAAUGACAUGAUCUCCUAAACUUUUUUUUUUUGUAUGGUAUCAUUAUUUUUAUGUACAUUAUGUGUGUGUGUAUAUAUAAACUCCAAUCAUGUAUAAAUCUGAACAAAUGAACUGUAUCUUUGAAUUAUGCAAAUUUAUGGCAAUUAGUAGCAUAUGUUAUGAAUAAAAUUCCAUAUUUCAAAUAUUUUUUUGUACCUGUGCAGCAACUGUUUUAAUUUUACCUGUGGCACAAUAUGAUACAAAAAAGUGGUACAUUUCUGUCUGGGUGAAUAUUAUGUCGUCCUUUCAAGUUGUAAUUCAGGUAUAUGGUAAAAAAUGUGUUUAAUAAUUUGAUAAUAAAUGAACAGAAAUGCUGUGCCAAAGACAGUGUAUCGUGGAUAUAGAGAUAUACAGUUAAGUCAUAAAAAUAAAGAUAAUGGUUACCACCCAA